AUGGCAUAUAUUGGCGACGCGGCGGUCAUCUUCUUUGUCAUUCUCGGCUGUGUAAUGCUGACUCUGUCCGGCUACUCCACGCACUACCUCAUGACCAAUGGGUUUUACGGUUUAGAGCGGGACUUUGAUCCCACCGCGGAGCAGAGAGUGUAUAUGCGGCAGCUGAGACUGAGAGAUCUGCAUUGGAUGGCAAGGGAUAAUAGGGUUAAAACCGAGGACAGUCAGUCGGCUGUUUGA